UGCUAUGGUCACAGUUUGUAACAACGUUUAUUAUGAUUGCGACUAGAAACUUGUUUUGAUUUUUUUUGGAUAUUGCUGUUAAAUUUCCGUUAUAAUUUUGUUUAAUAACGAGGAAACUGUAAAAUUCCCGAGUAACCUAUGGCGCAAUAGCAACUUAAAAGAAGGCCGUUCGGUAUUGCGUAUUGUUUGACAGAUGAGUACAUGUGAAGAACGGUACUUUUAUUAAAAAAUGUUUUCCAAGAAAAAGAAAAAGCUGCAAAUUUCACCUCCGAUUAAUUUUGAGCAUAGGGUACAUACGGGUUUCGAUAAACGUGAAGGCAAAUAUGUGGGUCUUCCUUUACAGUGGGCUUCUAUUGUGGGAAACAAUCAGAUAUUAAAGUCAACAAACAGGCCUCUACCCUUAGUUGACCCUUCGGAAAUCACUCCCACGGAAAUUUUAGAUUUGAAGACGAUCGUCAGAGGCGAUCACAGGUCUGAAACAAGGUUUAGCAACUAUGAAGUGCAGAAAGUUAACAAUGGUAUCAGUCUUCCCAAAACUUCAAAUGUAGCGCGAUCAAAUUCACUGCGUUCCUCCAGUCCCUUACGCAGAUGGGACACCAAAAAUAUCACCAGCGUUCCUCCAAUCGUUCCGGAGGAACAAGUUCUGCCAUACACAAAACCGGAUAUGGGCAGGCCACCAGGAAAUCAUAUGACGGAGAAACCAAACAUUGUGGUACCAGAGCCGCAGGCAAUACAUUCUUGGGGGGAAUGUCCGCAAGUUACUGCCAUGGGUCCCAGAGUGGAACAUUUGCCAGAGGCAACCACCAAGUUAGGUCCUUACGUACGCUAUGGUUCCCAUCAUAGUCUGCAGCAGCAAUCUGACCAAAAUCAAAAUAUUAGAAAUGGAGUUCCGACGCCGUUAGUCAGUGGGCCCCAAAUAUCCACAAAGCACAAUGAACAAAGACUCACACAUGAACAGUUCCGUGCUGCUUUACAAAUGGUUGUAUCUCCAAAGGACCCUCGUGAAAACCUAGAGAAGUUUGUAAAGAUUGGUGAGGGCUCAACAGGUACAGUGUGCAUAGCAAAUGAUAAAAGUACUGGAAGGCAGGUGGCUGUAAAGAAAAUGGAUCUUCGAAAACAACAAAGAAGGGAACUAUUAUUUAAUGAGGUAGUAAUCAUGAGGGAUUACCAGCAUCCAAACAUAGUAGAGAUGUUUGACAGUUACCUAGUCAAUGAUGAGUUGUGGGUGGUCAUGGAAUUUCUCGAAGGUGGGGCUUUAACUGACAUAGUGACCCAUUCUAAGAUGGAUGAAGAGCAAAUUGCAACUGUGUGUAAACAAUGCCUCAAAGCUCUCGCGUUUUUACACUCCCAGGGUGUCAUCCAUCGUGACAUUAAGUCAGAUUCAAUCCUCCUAGCUCUCGAUGGCCGAGUCAAACUCUCGGACUUCGGUUUCUGCGCUCAGGUUUCCCAAGAGCUUCCCAAACGCAAAUCUUUAGUGGGCACACCCUAUUGGAUGUCUCCAGAGGUGAUAUCCCGGCUACCCUACGGACCAGAAGUGGAUAUAUGGUCUCUGGGAAUUAUGGUCAUUGAAAUGGUGGACGGAGAACCUCCGUUUUUCAAUGAACCCCCUCUACAAGCAAUGCGUCGCAUCAGGGAGAUGCCGCCACCUAAAGUGAAGAAUCUACAGAAAGUAUCUCCUUUGCUACAGUCAUUCUUGGACAAGAUGUUAGUGCGUGACCCAUUGCAAAGGGCUACCGCGCAGGAGUUGUUGGCACAUCCGUUUUUACAACAGGCUGGGCCGUCGGCUUUGUUGGUACCAUUGAUGAGGGGCCUGAAGCAUUUGAACUACUAAUUUAAACAUUGAUAAUUAAUUCAUGCUCAGUAUUUUACUGCCUUAGGAAUUCUCGUAUUGAGGCCUUUUCUCCGUCAUAUUAGACAUUUCGAUAUUUAGAGUUAUGUAACUUAUAUUUAUGAAUUGUAAAGUUGAUUAUUAGGUUUGUAAGAGGUAAUAAUUCCAAAAUGAAAAGCAACGAGGUUGUGUAAAUAAUAGUAAAAUGGAUUGGCUAUUUUAUAAUUAUUUUUUGCAUAUACAAUUUUUUAUAAUAAAAAAUACUUGUCAA